AUGGAGUUGGAUUUGGUCUUGCUGCGGAGACAGGUGGAUGCCGAUCCUUUUCAAACCACUCGUGACAGUCGCUCUUGGGAUGAGUCAAACCACAGUUGUUCGCAGAUUGAAGUCAAUCAGCAAGACAAUUUCACCACACCCACCGUAUACCCCAGAUCUGGCUCUCUCGGAUUACCACUUUUUUCGUAUCUCCAACGUCAUCUGGAUGGUCAGGACUUCCAAACCCGCGACGACAUCAAAAAGGCACUUGAGCAGUUCUUCAAGGAGCAGUCCCCAGCGUUUUGGAGCAAAGGCAUCUACGAUUUGCCUAAACGUUGGCAGAAGACCAUCGAUGCCAAUGAGGCAUACUUCAAAUGA